UCCUCAGGAAAAGCCCUGAGAGGAAGCAGGGAGGGGGUUGGGAGCUGUGGGGGCCAGACGAACCCGAGCGCUCCCACCGAGCUGCCUGCCAUGGGGCUGGGGCUGCUGCUCCCGCUGCUGCUGCUCUGGACUCGGGGGACUCAGGGGUCCGAGCUGGACCCCAAAGGGCAGCACGUCUGUGUGGCCAGCAGCCCCUCUGCUGAGCUGCAGUGCUGCGCAGGCUGGAGGCAGAAGGAUCAAGAAUGCACCAUCCCCAUCUGUGAGGGGCCGGACGCCUGCCAGAAAGACGAGGUGUGUGUGAAGCCGGGCCUCUGUCGAUGCAAGCCUGGAUUCUUUGGGGCCCACUGCAGCUCCCGCUGCCCGGGCCAGUACUGGGGCCCCGACUGCCGUGAGAGCUGCCCCUGCCACCCGCACGGCCAGUGCGAGCCAGCCACGGGCGCGUGCCAGUGCCAGGCCGACCGCUGGGGAGCCCGCUGCGAGUUCCCGUGCGCCUGCGGCCCCCACGGGCGCUGCGACCCCGCGACCGGCGUGUGCCACUGCGAACCCGGCUGGUGGUCGUCCACGUGCCGCCGCCCGUGCCAGUGCAACACCGCGGCGGCGCGCUGCGAGCAGGCCACGGGCGCCUGCGUGUGCAAGCCGGGCUGGUGGGGGCGCCGCUGCAGCUUCCGCUGCAACUGCCACGGCUCCCCGUGCGAGCAGGACUCCGGCCGCUGCGCCUGCCGGCCGGGCUGGUGGGGUCCCGAAUGCCAGCAGCAGUGCGAGUGUGUGCGGGGCCGCUGCAGCGCCGCCUCCGGCGAGUGCACCUGCCCGCCCGGCUUCCGCGGAGCGCGCUGCGAGCUGCCCUGCCCGGCAGGCAGCCACGGGGUGCAGUGCGCACACAGCUGUGGCCACUGCAAACACAAUGAGCCGUGCUCUCCAGACACGGGCAGCUGUGAGUCCUGCGAGCCGGGCUGGAACGGGACCCAGUGCCAGCAGCCCUGCCUGCCUGGCACCUUUGGCGAGAGCUGCGAACAGCAGUGCCCUCACUGCCGACAUGGGGAGGCCUGUGAGCCGGAUACUGGCCACUGUCAGCGCUGUGACCCUGGCUGGCUGGGGCCCAGGUGUGAAGACCCCUGCCCCACUGGUACCUUUGGGGAAGACUGUGGCUCUACCUGCCCCACCUGUGUUCAGGGGUCCUGUGAUACUGUGACAGGGGACUGUGUCUGCAGUGCCGGCUACUGGGGGCCCAGCUGCAACGCCUCCUGCCCAGCCGGUUUCCAUGGAAACAACUGCUCAGUUCCUUGUGAAUGCCCAGAGGGACUCUGCCACCCUGUCUCUGGGUCCUGCCAGCCAGGCUCUGGCAGUCGGGACACUGCCCUCAUCGUGGGCAGCCUUGUGCCUCUGCUGCUGCUCUUCCUGGGCCUUGCCUGCUGUGCCUGCUGCUGCUGGGCCCCCCGAUCAGACCUCAAGGACAGGCCAGCGAGAGAUGGAGCUACCGUGUCCAGGAUGAAGCUGCAGGUCUGGGGGACACUGACCAGCUUGGGCUCCACGCUGCCCUGCCGUUCCCUCAGCUCCCACAAGCUACCCUGGGUGACAGUCUCACAUCACGACCCGGAGGUCCCCUUCAACCACAGCUUCAUCGAGCCGCCCUCUGCCGGCUGGGCCUCUGAUGACUCCUUCUCAUCCGAUCCUGAGUCUGGAGAGGCAGAUGAGGUUCCUGCCUACUGUGUGCCACCCCAAGAAGGCCUCCUGGAAGAUGCUGAGCUGUAGGUAGGAUGCAUUGGGGUGGCCAGUUCAGCUCCAGCCAAGCUCUUCUGUCUCCUCCGCCAGGGAUGGUCCCUGUGGUCCAGGCAGGGUCGUCAGAGGCCAGCCUGGCUGCAGGUGCUUUCCCGCCCCCUGAGGACGCCUCCACGCCAUUCGCCAUCCCGCGCACCUCCAGCCUAGCUCGGGCCAAGCGGCCAUCGGUCUCCUUCGCGGAAGGUACCAAGUUUGCGCCACAGAGUCGCCGAAGCUCAGGGGAGCUCUCCAGCCCGCUCCGAAAGCCCAAGAGGCUCUCCCGGGGGGCGCAGUCGGGUCCUGAGGGCCGGGACGCCGAAGAGUCCGCAGGCCCAGAGGAAGCAGAAGCCCCCGAGUCCUUUCCGGCGGCUGCCAGUCCCGGGGAUUCAGCCACUGGCCACCGGCGGCCCCCACUUGGUGGCCGGACAGUGGCUGAGCACGUGGAAGCCAUUGAAGGCAGCGUCCAGGAGAGCUCGGGCCCUGUGACCACGAUCUACAUGCUGGCGGGGAAGCCCCGUGGAUCCGAAGGCCCCGUCCGCUCUGUCUUCCGCCAUUUUGGUAGCUUCCAGAAAGGCCAGGCAGAAGCCAAGGUCAAGAGGGCCAUCCCUAAGCCUCCGCGCCAGGCCCUGAAUCGGAAAAAGGGCAGCCCUGGCCUGGCCUCUGGCUCUGUCGGCCAGAGCCCCAACUCAGCCCCAAAAGCUGGGCUUCCUGGGGCCACAGGGCCUAUGGCAGUCAGACCAGAGGAAGCGGUCCGGGGGCUGGGGGCUGGCAGGGAGAGUUCAAGGAGAGCCCAGGAGCCAAUCUCUGGGUGUGGCUCCCCAGAACAGGAUCCCCAGAAGCAGGCUGAAGAGGAAAGGCAGGAGGAACCUGAGUAUGAGAAUGUUGUACCCAUCUCCAGGCCACCAGAACCCUGAUGACCUUGAAUUUGGGGAGUGGGGAGACUGGAUGGGACCGAAAAUGCCCAUGGACUAGACUGUGCUGUGUGCUGGAAAAUGAUCCCGGGGCCAGGAUAGACAAACCAGAGCCUCUGCGCCUCCACAGGGAAAAGGCAAGGCUUCCAGGCCAGUUGGCCCAGGCCCCUGGCAGUGCUCCCGGAGGGGCCCAGGAAGGCCUGGGCAGAGACCCUGUAGGAUGGGGUCAGGACGGGUUGCCUGCAGGGACUUUUGCUCUGCUGUCCUGGACCCUGUGUGCCUCAUAAGGGCUAUUCUUUCUUUCAUGUGCAAACCUUUUUCUGAAAUGGCAAACAACCUACAUGUUUGCUGAUAAAAGAUUGGCUAAACAAAAUUUUUUUUUUGAGACAGAAUCUCCCUCUGUCCCCCAGGCUGGAGUGCAGUGGCGCGAUCUUGGCUCACUGCAAGCUCUGCCUCCCGGGUUCACGCCCUUCUCCUGCCUCAGCCUCCCGAGUAGCUGGGACUACAGGUGCCCUCCACCACGCUUGGCUAAUUUUUUUGUAUAUUUAAUAAAGACAGGGUUUCACCAUGUUAGCCAGGAUGGUCUCGAUCUCCUGACCUCGUGAUCCACCUGCCUCGGCCUCCCAAAGUGCUGGGAUGACAGGCGUGAGCCACCGCGCCUGGCCUAUGAACUUUUUAAAAAGGAUGUAUGUGUAUAAAAACAGAUUCAAGGGAAAGGCACUAAUUGGUUUUUUCCUCUGGAAGAUGAGAUUGUAGGUGAUAUUUAUUUUCUUCUGAAACUUUUGUAUAGUUUGCAAAUUUUCUACAGUGAACAUUCUUUUUUACUUUUGUUACUAGAUUGAAUUUGAUAAAGUAUAAUAAAAAGCAAUGAUCUUUGUUAAAAAAAUAAAAA